CCCAGGGGGAAAUAUGUCCAGCCUGACACAGAGAGACAGACAGAUUGACGUCGAAUGCUGAUCCUCCUGGCUGCCCUACCACUGCUGCUCUCUCGUAUAGUACCAACAAACAGACAAUGCCCUCCCCUCUCGGACGCUGCAUCUCACUCACCUCGACGCUCCCCGUACCCACACGCACUGGCGCACAACCUCAUUGGGCUCCUCCAGUCUUGCCCUCUUGCACUCUUGCUCACGCUCUAUCGACCAGCAGAUUCUUCCUACCUCCCCAUACCCAAGACCACAUCGUACGCUCAAGAGCUGCAAGAGGUGGCAACAAUCGCCUUCAUCCGCCGAAAGCUUCGCCUGUGCAAGGAGCUGGUGGCAGAAGGGAGACAGGGGUGGCAGAAAGCCGUCCUUACGCUCAGAGUCUGAAGAGGUCGAUCGGCGAUAGCAGAGAAAGAUGGGCAGAGACCACGGCUGGGCUAGAUGGUGACGCAGACGGAAGAGAAGCUAGAUGAGGAGGAUGGGAGACUUUUCCGACUGAAAGGCAAGAUCAUCGAAGACCCUCGGAAGAAAGCCCUCGUAAUCGUGAGGCUUGACUCGUGCCAGCGGGCCUUGACUGUCACUUUGGCUUUCUUCCG